GGUGCAGUCUGCUGUUUCUUGCGGCUGUCACAGCCCAGAUAGACAUCAAACCGCUUAACAACAGCUUAGGAUGAAGACGACGAUUCCGAUACUCCUCUUUCUAUUAUCCAGAAGCGACUCACUUCAGAUAAAUCAAAUCAACAGCCCUCUUCUUCCCAUUCUGCUAGGACCAGUUAAAAUAGUAACUCACCACCAUUCCUUCGUAUACGUUAUUAAUCUUCAAAAAAUCGAACAGCAACUCAAUAAGCUAUAUUCAAAUUUGAUAACAAUUAAAGAUAAGGCUAGGAAUCACGAUGUAUACGCUAAAUGGUUGCAGGCAGAAUUUAUAUUAAAGAAAACGUAUGAUAAAUUUCAUACCACCUUAAUAAUAAAAGAUCUAAACGAGGUUUAAUUAACCCUAUUGGUUCACUUUAUAACUCUCUGUUUGGACUAAUGGACGACAAUGACAGACAAAAAAUUAAGACAAAUUUAAAUGUUUUAUAUAGAAAUCAACAUUCUAUUGUUUCCCAAAUUGAAACC